GUGUUGAAACUGGCAAUACAGGGAGGUAAAAACACGAAUUUUCUGCAAUUUUUCAGCUACAUCACUUGAAAAAGAAAGUUUAGUUAAGAUUAAGAUGGAGAACUUAAAGUUAGUCGUAGUCGGAGAUGGUGGGGUUGGGAAAAGUUGCUUGCUGAUCUCUUACACCACUGAAUCCUUCCCCAGAGAGUAUGUUCCAACGGUGUUCGACAUCAACUGGGCAAAUGUCAUGUUUGAUGGAAAACCAGUGAAUAUUGCUCUCUGGGAUACGGCAGGACAGGAGGACUACGACAGGUUGCGCCCCCUGUCGUACCCCCAGACGGACGUCUUUUUCGUCUGCUUCUCUAUUGCAUCACGCGACUCGUUCGAGAACAUUGCCGCUAAAUGGGACCCAGAAAUCAGCCAUAAUUGUCCACAUACGCCCAGGCUCCUGAUUGGGUGUAAAGGAGACUUGCGAGAUGAAAGAACCCCAGUGAGUAAAUUAGAAGCCGAGAAGCUUGCAAAAUCGUUGGGGAUGGAGUAUUGCGAAUGCAGCGCCCUCACACAGCAAGGUGUCAAAUACUGCUUCAACAAAGCGGCCCAUGCCGCCCUAUCAUCACGUCCAGCGAAAGCCAAGGGCUUCUUCUCCGGCAAGAAGAAGAAAUCCACGCUGCUACCACCAGUGAUGCCCGAGACAGGUCGGGCGCCCUGGAUUGAAGUGCAGACGUCGUCGUUUGGUCCGGACUGGCAGAAAAUGUUGGAGAACCCCCGCCACGCUGAUGUCGCAUUCGUCAUCCAGGGAAACUACCGUCUGGAGGCGCACAAAUGCUUGCUGUGUUGCGCGUCGAGGUUGUUUUGCAGGGUCCUUGGUGUGACGCCCCCGGCCCCGAACAACCAACUUAAACAGAUCCAAGCGCACGUCAACAAAAUCACAUGGGAGGAGAUAAAUUCUGGAACGGUGUCAGGUCUGGCUGGAAUAAAAGAAGAGAAGACCGGGGCGUCUGGAAAGAUUCGCACGGUCAUCACCCUGAGUGAUGAUAUUACGGCGAAGACUUUCACUCACGUGCUCGAGUUCCUGUACGCAGGUGUACCAAACUUCGAGGAGAGUCACACAGACGAAGAGCUGAUGGACUUGAAGAAGGUGGCGGGCAUGUUUGAUAUGUCCUACCUAGUGACCAUAUGCGACAACGUCUUGACCGAGGAGGACUUCCUCAACCCGAGCAUAGGGACCUCCCUGAAUGAUGAAACCGGCCAAGCUAUGAAGAAACUGCUCAUGAAUCAGUCCACGAUGGCUGAUGUUGUGUUCCUUGUGGAAGGUGCGAAAGUAUAUGGACACCAGACCAUCCUAUCAUGUCGGUCUGAAGUCAUGGCGGCUAUGUUUAGUGAACAUUUCACGGAGGGAAGCUCACAUAUGCCAGAGAUUAUCGUGCCUGAUGUCUCCCUGGAAAAUUUCCUGGCCUUGAUCGAGUACCUCUACACAGACCACGCUCCCAUUGAGUCUGGUGAUUCAGUAGGCCUCCUAGUUGCAGCCGACAGAUACUUCCAAACACGGCUAAAGAACCUUUGCGAGCUCUACAUUACAAAAGAAGUCGACCGAUCCGUGGUGAAAAAUAUUGAAAAAUCGGAAAUUGAUGUAAUUGGUCUGCUUCACGGUGCGCAGCAACACAAUGCAGAGCAGUUAGCCUAUUGGUGCCUCCACUUCAUCUCAACCAACUACAUCGCCUUUGAGAGGAGGCCAGAGUUUUCAGCUUUGGGAAAAGAAAAUAGUGAUUAUGUGAAGGAGCAUCGAUGGCCGCCGUUGAAAUAUUUGGAAGAGGUUAAAGAGUACGAGAAGAAGAUGGAGAAAGCUGGAGAGAGUUGUGUGGUCAUGUGA